AAGUGAAUUAUUACGGAACCGAUACCAAAUACGGAAUUCUUUCGGAAUUUUCGGAAUGCGUACUGGAAUUUAUACUUAAUACGAAUCAAUUCGCAAUGCAAUAUGGAAUUUUACGCAAUUUUUAUAGAACUAAAACCAAUGCUGAACAUAAUCAUAAUGCAAAAGGAGUUUUCACAGAACCUAUUACUGGAUAUAUAAUUGAUUCUGACAUUAUGACAUAA